AUGAAACUUAGUGGAAUUAUCUGCGCCCCAGAGCACCAUGGAGCAAUUUUCAACAUGGGAAAAAAAAUGUUUUGUGUGUCUGGUGAUAGAAAAUCGUAUUGCAUGUUGUAGCAUGACCCAAAACAUAUAUCUAAUGGGGUAGUGCCCCCUUGGAGCCAAACAUCUGACUGUAAUCUGAACAGACAUGCUGGAGCACUGAGUAAAAGAAGCAUGAACACAGUAGUGACAGGAGGUGGAGGAUUCUUUGGCUAUAACUUGGGAUGUGCUCUUGCCAAAUCAGGCGCCUCGGUUGUUCUGUUAGAUAUACAAGAGCCCAUCUGGGAAAUUCCUAAUGGAGUAGUGUUUAUCCAGGCUGAUGUGAGGGAUUAUGAUGCCCUAUUUGCAAUUUGUGAAGGGGCUGACUGUGUGUUUCAUGCAGCUGCAUAUGGAAUGUCAGGACUAGAGCAACUACAAAAAGAAAAGAUUGAAUCUAUAAAUGUUGGUGGGACAAAACUCAUAAUUGAAGUCUGCAAACAACAGAACAUCCCCAGAUUGAUAUAUACUAGUACAGUGAACGUGGUAUUUGGAGGGAAUCCUAUUGAAGAUGGCGAUGAGGAAACUGUGCCAUAUUUUCCACUAGAAAAGCAUAUUGACCAUUAUUCCAAGACCAAAUCAAUUGCUGACCAAAUGGUACUAGCAGCUAAUGGAACUCCAGUAGCAGGAGGUGAUAAGCUCCGUACAUGUGUUCUUCGCCCACCAGGCAUCUAUGGACCAGGAGAGCAAAGACAUCUGCCACGAGUAGCAGUUAAUAUUCAGAAGGGGCUGUUUCGCUUCAGGUUUGGGGACCCUUCUGCCACAAUGAACUGGGUUCAUGUACAGAAUCUUGUACAAGCUCAUAUCCUGGCUGCUGUGGCUCUUACCUCUGAGAGGAACUAUAUAGCUAGUGGUCAGGCAUACUACAUAAAUGAUGGCAAGAAUGUCAACCUUUUUGAAUGGAUAACUCCACUAUUUGAAAAAUUAGGUUCCAGUCCACCAUGGAUACGUAUUCCUACUUGCUUUGUUUAUGUAGCAGCCACAGCAAUGGAAUAUCUGCACUUGGCAUUGAAACCAGUUAUUGAAUUUUCACCUUUGCUGACCAGAAAUGAGGUGCGGAACAUUGCCGUGACUCACACAUUCCGAAUAGACAAGGCACGCAGCCAGCUAGGUUAUUAUCCAAAGAAGUUCACAUUUGCCGAUUCUGUGGACCAUUUUAUUAAAACAAGACCAGAAAACCAGAAUCAUCACAUCUUCCUUAAAGUCAUACUUUCCUUAAUUGGCAGUUUUCUAAGUUUGAUAUUUCUUUCUUUUACAUUAGCAGAUCUUCCAAUUAUGCAUUUUUUCAAAGAAAACCAACAUUAACUUAUGUUUCAUGAGCGUUAAUAAACUGGCAUGUAAUCAGUCACAGUAUAGUCCUCGGCUCACAUGGGCUGCAUUACUCUGUACCAGAUAUUAGCUCCGAUGUAAUAGGCAGUUAUU